GGACAGAGAGAUGAUGCGCCUGCCGAGCUGAACGAAUUCCCUAACGUCGCGUCGAGACCACGGCUGACCUCCGCGAUAUAUUAUCUAUUAUAUAGGAUAGGGUGGAAGUCUCUCAACCUUGCAUCAAUACCAUGACGGACCUCGAAGCAUCGACGCCCAGCUUGGGUCUGGCGAACGACAUUCGGAACGAGGUCAAGAAGCCCAAGAAGAAAAAGGUUCUUCUCAUGGGCAAGAGCGGUUCCGGGAAGUCGAGUAUGAGAAGUAUAAUAUUUAGUAACUAUAUCGCGCGGGAUACUCGACGUCUUGGUGCGACAAUCGACAUCGACCUUUCACAUGUCAAGUUCUUAGGGAAUCUGACAUUAAACCUAUGGGACUGCGGCGGUCAAGAGGCUUUUAUGGAAAACUACCUAUCGCAGCAGCGCGUUCACGUCUUUUCGAAUGUCGGAGUUCUCAUCUAUGUCUUCGAUAUCGAGUCUCGAGAUGUGGAUCGUGACAUGGCCACCUACGUCUCUAUCAUCUCCGCCCUGACCCAGUUUUCGCCCACCGCGAAGGUCUACGUGCUAAUUCACAAGAUGGACCUGAUUACCCCGCUCGCCCGAGAAGCCGUAUUCGUCGAUCGCGUAAAACUGGUUAGGCAGAAGACGUCGGAAUACAUUCAAGGCAUCGGAUACUCCGGUGAAUUGGAGCUCAUACCGUUUGCGACCUCGAUAUGGGAUCAAUCAUUAUACAAGGCGUGGGCAAGCAUCAUUCACGACCUAGUACCCAAUCUAUCCGUCAUCGAGUCGCAACUCGGGUCUCUGGGAGUAUUGAUCGAAGCGGAAGAGUUGCUCUUGUUUGAGAGAACUAGUUUCCUCGUCGUGUCGAAUUGGACAUCGCAAGAGGGUCAGAAUAAUCCGACGGGCGAUCGACAAGAGCGCAUCUCCAACAUCCUUAAGCAUUUCAAGCAGAGCAUCAGUCGAUUCACUGGUACACCCCGUAACGCAGAGCAAUUCACCUUGAUGGAGCAUAAGGCGGGGUCAAGAUUCUCCAUGUUUGCCUGCAAAUUUACCACCAACACCUACCUCAUGGUUAUCCUUCCACCUGGCGAGGCUAGAUUCAAUUCCGCCAAAUUGAAUUGUCAGAUUGCGAGGGAGAGCUUCAAAUUCCUAGACGGACCUGUUAUCCCGGGACCUGGCCAAAGUUACAAUUCCUAGUUCGACAAUGGCGAUUGGCAAGUUGAGGAAAAAGUAAGAUGUUACGAUUGAAUUUGACACGACUCGAAUACGAUGAAUAUGUAUUCGCAUUAGAUGGAACGACUCCGAGGUACUUCGAAUCAUGAUGAUAACGAUCCUGAUAUCGGUCACACUAGUACCGCCCUACACCCAAAAGUGAGGAAAAAGAAGUGAGGAGAAGAGCGAGAGAGGAGCGAGAGAGGAGCUAAUUUGAUAGCCUCUGUCUGAAGAUGUCUGGGCGGAGGGCAGAGGGCGGACGGAAUUACAAGUUUAUAAGG